GAGCUCGCGCCAUUCCUCGCGCACUUGCGGCCCCGCGUGCCUCGUGCUUCGAACGCCGGCGAUCGUCCCGCAAGAGCCCGAGAACUGUUCGUUCGAACCAUGGAAGACUCGGCUGCGUCGCGCGCAGUGGAGUGUAGCGACGGCGCCGUCUCUGACGGUGCCGCCCGUUGUACGCCCGCCAGCGCCCUGGCCGAGAACAAGACCGACACUACGGCGCUCCUGCGCUGGAUCAACGGGUACCUGGGAACCCGGUACGGUAAGGUAGAAGACCUGUGCUCCGGGGCGGCGUACUGCCAGUUCGCGGACAUGCUCUUUCCCGGAACCAUCGACCUGGACAAGGUGAACCUGAGGGCGGCCAAGCGAGGACGCGAGGCCGUCCAGAACUUCGAGGCGCUCCGAGAGGUCUUCAAGGAAGUCGGCGUCGACCGAGAAGUGCCGGUGGAGCGUCUGGCCGGAGGGAACUACCGGGACAACCUGGAGCUGGCGCUGUGGUUCAAGGAGUCCUUCGACGCCCAGUACGCGGUCGAAACCGCGGAUGCCGCCGCGGGCCACGCGACGCCGCUCGUGAUCGCCACGUCGGGACCGUUCGCGUCCCACACCAUCGUGCACGAGCACCGCUUCACCGGGGCCAGUGGCAACGCCGAGGAUGCCCGCGCUGCCGUGGACGAGACCGGAGCUGCCGGCCCCGGGCGCGGUCUCCCGCCGUCCAGGUCCGUUGGCGUCGCGGCGAAGGUUGCGACUUGCGGCGGCGGCGGCGCCGGCGCCGGGGACUUCUCGGACACCGUCGAAGAGCUCGCGGGCCAGGUCGCGGAGCUCAAGGACGCCCUGUACUGGCUGGAGCUGGAGCGAAACUUCUACUACAGCAAGCUGUGCGAGAUCGAGGUGCUCUGCUGGGAGCACGAGCGGGAGCACGGGAAGGACGACGUGACCGAGCAGAUCUUGGACCUCAUGCGCGCCAGCGACGACGACGACUGGUACGGCGAGGAAGAGGACGACACCGCACAGAGUGGCGAGCUCGAGGCCGAGGUGCCUGCCGAGGAGCAACCGCGCUAAGCUGGGGAGCCCACAUCGACGUCCCUUUGCGACCCCCCGUCCGACCGAUGCCCGCUGCAGCAGGGCGGCUCCUUCGCGACGACAAGGCGCUUUGCUCUCCGUUUUUUCUCUUCUUCCUUUUUUUUUGUUUUUCUCAAAGAAACACUUUUUUUUGCUUGCUUUCCAAUAAAGGUCCUUUUCUGUUU